AUGAACUCAAGGAGAGACCACCUCAGUGCCAGCAGAUCAGAGCCCCUCCCAGUCGUCAUCAUCGGCAACGGCCCCUCGGGCAUCUGCUUGUCGUACCUGCUCUCCGGCUACACCCCAUACGUGAGGCAGGAUGCUGUCCACCCAUACCCCCUGCUGCAGCGGAAGCUCUCUGAGGCUACAGGGGUCUCCAUCCUGGACCAGGACCUGAACUAUCUCUCUGAGGGCCUUGAAGGCCGCUGCCAAAGCCCUGUGGCCUUGCUCUUCGACGCCCUCCAGCGACCAGACACGGACUUUGGGGGUGACGUGGAGUCUGUACUGACCUGGAAGUGCCAAAAAGAGCGAGCCGUUCCCCACCUGGUCCUGGGCCGGAACCUGCCAGGGGGCGCCUGGCACUCUAUUGAAGGCUCCAUGGUGACCCUGAGCCACGGCCAGUGGAUGGGGCUCCCCGACCUGCAGGUCAAGGACUGGAUGCGCCGGAAGCGGAGGGGUCUCCGUAACAGCCGGGCCACAGCCGGGGACAUCGCCCACUACUACCGGGACUAUGUGAUCAACAAGGGCCUGAGCCCCAACUUCGUGUCCGGUGCCGUGGUCACGGCUGUGAAGUGGGGGGAGCCAGAGCCCACCGACCCCAGUGUGCUGGACCCCCAACCCCUCUUCCAAGUGAGCGGCUUCCUGACUAGCAAGGACCAGAGCCCACAGUCCUUCUCCCUGUGUGCCCGCAAUGUGGUCCUGGCCACGGGCACAUCGGACAGCCGUGCCCGGCUGGACAUCCCCGGAGAGGGCCUGCCCUUCGUCCACCACAAGCUGUCAGCCCUGGAGGUGGCCACGAGGGCAGGCACAGUGACUCCAGCCUCGGAUCCCAUCCUGAUCGUGGGCGCAGGGCUGUCGGCGGCUGAUGCUGUGCUGUUUGCCCGUCACUACAACCUGCCUGUCAUCCAUGCCUUCCGGAGGGCCGUGGACGACCCGGGCCUGGUGUUCAACCAGCUACCCAAGAUGCUGUACCCUGAGUACCACAAGGUGCACCAGAUGAUGCGUGAGCAGUCCAUCCUGUCCCCCAGCCCCUACGGGGGCUACCUCAGCCUCCCCCAGCACCAGCUGCUGCUCUUCAAGGAGGACCACCAGGUCGUGUUCCGGGACCCUGGGGGAGGCCAGAAGGUCUUUGGCGUGUCCCUGGUGCUGGUCCUCAUUGGUUCCCAUCCCGACCUCUCCUUCCUCCCUGGGGGAGGCACCCAGCUUGCUGUGGACCCUGGUCAGCCCCUGAGCUCCAAGAGGAACCCCAUUGACGUGGACCCGUUCACCUACCAGAGCACUCGGCAGCAGGGCCUGUAUGCCAUGGGACCUCUGGCUGGGGACAACUUCGUGCGGUUUGUGCAGGGCGGUGCUCUGGCUGUGGCCAGCUCCCUACAGAGGAAAGAGGCCAGGAGGCCGCCCUAG